AUGUGGAUGUCCCAGUCCCAGGGGUUAGUCAUAGGGGACGGGCCUGCCAGCAAGGUGAGCGAGCAGGUGUCCCUCCAGAGCCACGCCCUCCAGACUGCCUCCUUAACGGACGGCCCUGCCAAGCGAGCACUGUGGGUCCGUCGGAAUCAACUGAUGCCGGGAAACUCAAUGCACUCUGCCAUGGCCAUGGAGAAGCCCAAGCCACAGGUGACCAAGGCGGUGGUCGUGGACCUGGGCACAGGCUACUGUAAAUGUGGCUUUGCCGGCCUGCCGAAGCCUACCCAUGUCAUCUCAUCGACCGUCGGCAAGCCUUACAUGGAGACGGCCAAAACCGGGGAUAAUCGUAAAGAGACCUUUGUGGGCCACGAGCUCCUCUGUCCUGAGGUCCGCCUCAAGCUCAUCAAUCCUCUGCGACACGGCAUCAUCGUGGACUGGGAUUCAGUGCAGGAUAUCUGGGAAUAUCUCUUCCGGCAUGAGAUGAAGAUUGCCCCCAAUGAGCAUGCCGCCUUGGUGUCAGACCCUCCCCUGAGUCCUCACACCAACCGAGAGAAGUACGCCGAGAUGCUCUUCGAAACCUUCAACACGCCGGCCAUGCACAUAGCCUACCAGUCCCGCCUGUCCAUGUAUUCGUACGGGAGGACCUCCGGCCUGGUGGUGGAGGUGGGCCACGGCGUGUCCUACGUGGUCCCCAUCUACGAGGGUUAUCCUCUGCCCAGUAUCACCGGGAGGCUCGACUACGCAGGCUCAGACCUGACCACUUACCUGAUGAGCCUGAUGAACCAUUCAGGGAAAUACUUCACCGAGGACCAGAUGUACAUCAUGGAGGAUAUCAAGAAGAAAUGCUGCUUUGUGGCCCUGGACCCUCUGACAGAGAAGAAAGUGCCACCUCCCGAGCACACGAUCCAGUACACCCUGCCAGAUGGGCAUGAGAUCACCCUGGGCCAGGAGCGGUUCCUCUGCUCAGAGAUGUUCUUCAAGCCGUCUCUGAUCAAGUCCAUGCAGCUGGGGCUGCACACACAGACUGUAUCCUGCCUCAACAAGUGUGACGUCGCCCUCAAACGGGACCUCAUGGGGAACAUCCUGCUCUGCGGCGGCAGCACCAUGCUCAGGGGUUUCCCCAACCGCCUGCAGAAGGAGCUCAGCAGCAUGUGUCCCAACGACUCGCCCCAAGUAAACGUGCUGCCGGAAAGAGACACUGCAGUGUGGACCGGCGGCUCCAUCCUCGCUUCGCUCCAGGGCUUCCAGCCGCUGUGGGUCCAUCGCUCGGAGUACUACGAGCACGGGCCUUUCUUCCUCUACAGAAGAUGCUUCUGAGCUCCGCAAUGAGGCAUGGUGCCGACGUCUGCAACGUGCCGGCUUUGUUGGGGGAGCAGCCACCUGGCACAGCGGGCACUGAGCCCGCACACUCCCUGCCGUCCUAUUAAACCCUCAA